UACGCCACCCUAGGCAUCCCUCCCAAUGCCGACCAGAACGUCAUUCGAAAGGCCUAUAAGCGUCUGGCUCUACUUAAUCACCCAGACAAGAUUCAAGAUCCCGCUAAACGUGCGGAGGGCGUGGAAAAGUUCCGGCAGGUACAGGCUGCUUACGAUGUCCUGAAGGACGACGCCAAACGC